AUGGAUCACCUGACUGCGCUCUUCCAGGAGAUGUGGCGUCAAGGUGAAGUCCCGCAAGAUUUCAAGGACGCAAGAAUCAUGCACCUAUACAAGCGAAAAGGGAACCGCCAAAUCUGCGACAAUCACCGCGGCAUCUCAUUGCUGAACAUAGCCGGGAAGAUCUUCGUUCGCAUCCAUCUGGAACAGGGCCUUCUGCCGGAAAGCCAAUGCGGCUUCCGCCGACAUCGUGCGACCACGGACAUGAUCUUCGCCGAACGUCAACUUCAGGAGAAGUGGCAGGAGAUGCGAACCCACCUGUACUUUACCUUCUUGGACCUGACGACACCCUUCGACACGGUGAAUCGUGAUGGACUGUGGAAGAUCAUGCAGAAAUUUGGCUGUCCGGUACGAUUCACUCAGAUGGUGCGUCAUCUGCACGACGGUAUGAUGGCGCGAGUCACGGACAACGGAGGUGUCUCAGAGGCAUUCGCAGUGACCAACGGAGUGAAGCAGAUAUGCGUGCUGGCACCAACCCUCUUCAGUCUUAUGUUCUCUGCCAUGCUGUUGGACGCCUACCGCGAGGAACGCCCUGGAAUCCUCAUCGCCUACAGGACGGACGGUCAUCUCCUGAAUCAAUGA